AUGAUGAACGUAUCAACUGGCACGUGCGCAAAUUUUACGUCUUCAGUUCCUUCACGGGUAGAAGGAAUAACAGUGUCUGUCUUUUUCUUGUUGGAAGCUGUCCUGAUUAUCGCGGGAAACGUUCUCACAAUUGGUCUCUUUGCAAAAGAGAAAAAACUUCGAAAGAAGAGCCUUUUACUGGUUGUAAACAUGGCUUUCGCAGAUUUGAUUUUAGGAGCUGUUUCCUUGCCUUUGUAUGUUUUCUUAUAUAUCGGGCCCAGUUAUCGGCUAUGGAAAUGUGAUACAUCAUACAAAACGAUGCGUAUCGGUUCGAAUGUCGUUGAUGUCACCGUCUCGCAGGCAUCAUUAAUCUCAGCCGUUUGUAUAGCCUGUGAACGGUUUUACGCCAUUUUUCGGCCGCUGAAACACCGAACUCUAUCACUCAAAGCGUACUUCAUUGUAAUUGUUAUCAUUUGGACGCUGGCUAUGCUUGUUUCCGCGGUGUGCAACACAGCAAACUACUUAAUUUCAUGCAAAGCAGCUAAGUAUGCUUGGGUGUCAUUCCCUUUGCUGUUUCUAUUUAUUGUUUGUCUUUGUAACAUUGGUAUUUACAAAACCUAUCACAAGAGGAAAGUUUCUUCACAACAGGGAAACAGAGAAUCUCAAACCAAACGCUUGACCGUAACCUUGUUGCUCGUGUCCACCGUCUCUUUACUGUCAUGGCUUCCUCUUGUGACUGCAAACUACAUAUUUUUUGUUCAAAACAUUACUAUACCUAACGGAUUGUUGAUUUAUAAUAUCAUAAAUAUUCUCAACUUUUCAAACUGUUUUGUAAACUCGGUUGUCUACUCAUUAAGUAUACCUGAGUUUAGGCAAUCAUUGGUUUUGUGCUUCAAAAGACGCCAAACAGUAAUAAACAGGGGCGAGCACGAAGGAAGAGAUAACGUAAACAGGGGGUUUGCUUUAACGCCGGGGAAAUAGCCAUCAGCAAUAUCAAGGAAGUCAAGGUAUGUACAGCAGGAUUUUGAACUGGAAUCUGUGGACACUAAACUAUGUUAAAUGUUAAACACUAAAUUUAUGUAGAGCCUGGCACUUUAACUUUCAAAUUUUGAAUAUAUUGAUGCUUUUUUUCAACUGAACCAUAUGGUAGUAAAAGUCAUUUGUACAUAACGUCAAGAAUCAUUAAGUCCUUAUUCCUCUAGAAGUCAAAUUCCACAAUAAAUGAGCUUCCUCUGGUGCAUAGGUAAAAUUUUAAAGAAGUUCAACGACAAGAUUGUUGAUUUUUUUCUCCCUUCUUUCCUUCUUUUUUUUUUUUCUUUCCAUAUAUUUCUUGUAGCAUUUUUGUCAAUAUUUUAUCUUGGUUCAGCUAUUAAACUUUUCAUUAUCCAUAGUUUUGUCUAAUGAUUUCGCACAAAAUCUAUCUAUCCAAGCUGUAUAUUUUUUAUUACCUAUCUGACCAUAACUGAAAAGCAAAAUGUUAAAAAUCGUUAAGACUGAGUAUUGCUCUUAUCACGAACAGGAUAUUAUUUUUUCAAAAGCGAACAAAUUAAAAUUUUUAGUUACCGAAUAUUCAAUACGUUUUAUCAAGCACCCAGUCGUGCAGCGACAUUCCCGGACAUUGCACAAAUUAUUCCUAAGUUAAGUCUGCCUUCAAAAGCGGGAGACGUUUGGUUAUUUUAAGAUCCUUUAAUUAAAGUGGCAAAGAACCAUAAUUGAUAACUAAGUAUUUAUCACCGUUCUGAUGUGACGCGCAAAUAAUGAGUUCUCUUAAUAAUUUUUCUUCCUUGUUGACUUUUCGAGUCCUGAGCCAAAUUUCUACUGAAUUACUCUAGACAAUUAUACUCGAUGGUAUUAAUGAAGUGACCUACUGUCCUUUGAACUUCCUACCAUAUCGUAUCGUAAUUAGCAAAAACGUAAAUUGUGUAAAUAAGGAAGUUGAACAACUUGAUUUGUUCAAGUAAUAUAGCUGGGUCAAAUAGAACUUCUUUAGUUUAACAUUUCACAAUGUUUAGUCAGUAGCCCUACAGCACAGACCGAUCUUUCAAAAAGCAUAUGCAUAAAAAGAGAAAGACAAGUUUAUGUUAUCCAUGGGGUUAGUUUGUGUUUUCUUUCCUUUUUGUUAUAUAAGAAACUAAGACCAAUAUUUUGCAGUGUAAGGAGCACCCAAUACACGCAAAGCUCACGAAAUGAAGAUAAUAAGGGAAGAUGAUUUUUCAGUCAUUGACAGAGGCGGCUAUGGAGGAAAACUUCGACUACUCCCGAUAGGAGACCAAUCUAUGGCCUUUUAAUCACUAGUCCAGAUGUUCUACCACGCUACAGGAUAUUCUUCGGAGCUAGGGACACUAGGUUUACUUGACAAACAUCCGGCAAUAUUACUGCUAUCCUGCUAGGAAGGCAGUCCGAGAACAUUUUUUAAAGGUCUCUCUGGUUUUGUUAUACAACAACUAUUCAUCUAAUGAGAUCGAGCUUAACUUUUCAUGAUAAACAAUUUUACGUAAACUUGUCAUACAUGUAUUAAGACAUUUUUAAUUUUCUUCGGUUUCAUCUAUCCAUUCCAGCAAUAUAAAUUAAUUUCUCUAAUUGACCAAAGCACAAAAAGUGUCCAAUAUCGUGAAGCUUAAAUAUUGUUGUUAUUAUGCGCUGAAUAUUAAAUUUCGAAUGCCCUAAAAAUUGGAGUGUAUAUAUUUUAAUGGUGACGAAUGAAGACAGGAAAUAACUGCACUUGCCUUUUGUCAAAAAACUCAUAAUUUCUCGAGCCUUUUGUGAGACUUUUAACAUUUUUUUCUUAAUUUCAGGAUUAUACCACAUAUUAAUGUCAUGGGUUACAAUUGCGCCCACAAUCGUGGGGUUGUAUUUAUUUUCUUAUCAAUUGCAUAUUGCCAUUUUAUCAUCAAGAAAAGAAUCGGACAGGCGAUAAAUACCUGGCUUUAAAGAAAUAUACGUUCAAACCGAUUACUCCAUCGUCUUAGUUCAAGAUAAAUUGGCGAAUGUUUGCGGUCUCAAUAAUCAGCUUUAUAAAAGUAGGUUCAGUUUGAUCGUUCGGGUGAACGUAGUCCUAAAUAGGACUGUUGUUGUUGACAGUGACUGGCGUUUCGACAACCUGUGCGGUAGUCAUCUUCAGAGUCAAAGUGAGUUGUAUCACGUCAGUUGAUGGUAUUAUACUCUGGUUAUUGACCUGAUUGGUCAAUUACUUUGCGAUGUGGUAGUCUGUCAGUUAAGCCGUGAUGUCAUUGGCUAUGAAAACUCGUAAUGUAAUUGCUUUAUGUUGAACACCUUUACUUACAGUGUAUGUGUGAUCAACGGAACAAAAUUAAUUCACGGAACAAAUAUCAUAAGUUUUGCUGACGCAUCCAGUUACCUUUCAGUAGCUCGGCAACCUACUGUACUCCACUUAAGAANUCCCCCCCCCCCCCCACCCAAACGAUGAACGUAUCAGCUGCUACGAGCUCAAAUACCAUGUCUACAUCAUAUCAUUUACGAGUAGAAGGUAUUAGUGCUGUGCAGCGUUUUCUUCCUGGAAGCUGUCUUAAUUUCCGUGGGGAACUUGCUCACAUUUGUAGUCUUCGCAUCAGAUAA